ACAACUUUGUUUGUGUGCUUUCCAGCUUGCAAUACUGUGAUUACUGAGCCCUAUGGAUACAUUGUCAGUCAAAACUAUCCAGAAAUGUAUCCACUGAACUUCAAAUGUAACUGGACAAUCCAAGGACAGCAGAACAGUUUUGUUUCAUUGAGGUAUUUUGUUUCAAUCCAUGAUGGCAACAGUGAGUCGGCUCCCUUGUUGGGUCAGUUCUGUGGGGAAAGUCUGCCCCCAAAUAUCACCUCAUCUGGAAACACAAUGUACAUCAGCUUCAGCUCAGAUGACUCUGUCAAUGACUGGGGGUUCAAGGGCAAGUAUGUCAUAUAUGGCUAA